AAACUUUACCCAAUAAAUAAAUAAAUAAAACUACUAAAAAACGUUGAAACUAGUAAUACGAAAAGCAGACACAGCGUUUCCAAUUUUGCAAAGAAAAAACAAUCAAAAAUGGAAGAAAAGAUGGGGAAAUUCUUUGAGUCAGUGUCUAACUUCUUCUCCGCCUCAGAUCAGCUUCCAUGGUGCGAUUCUGACAUCGUUGCUGGAUGUGAAAAGGAGGUUACUGAGGUGGAUAAAGGUUCUGGUGAGUUAAAAAAUGAAUGUAUCAUGCGUUUGUCAUGGGCUCUUGUUCACUCAAGACGAGCAGAUGAUGUACAACGUGGAAUAGCUAUGCUUGAAGCUACAUUGGCCAGCACUACUAGUCCAUUGAAAAAGAGAGAGAAGCUUUAUCUUCUGGCUGUUGGAUAUUUUCGAAGUGGUGACUAUACAAGGAGCAGGGAGCUUGUGGAGCAGUGUCUAAUGAUAGAACCUGAUUGGAGGCAGGCACAAGCUCUUAAGAAGGCAAUUGAAGACCGGAUUACAAAAGAUGGCGUCAUUGGCAUAGGUAUUGCUGUUACUGCUGCAGGACUGAUUGCUGGUGGCAUUGCUGCAGCUCUAGCACGGAAGAACUAAUCCAUCUCUUUGAUAUGCGUGAGAAAUCUUUCUUGUAAAAUAUUUUCGGUGAAGCAAUGAAAGGAAAAGCUAUCCGGGCACAUCUUUUCUUUUAUGUUUUGUAUACUGAUGAUGUACAGAAAAAAUAUUUAGAAAUGC